CACUGACCCACGGACACACACAUGAGCAGCAUGAGCACAGUGUCUGAGUCAGUGGUGGGCAGCACCAGGUCUCUGUCCGCAGCCAAGAGACACAAAAGUAUCAGGAAGAACUCCAGGAGGAUUUAUUCUGCCUACCAGGACAACCAGGGCUCCUCAGAUGAUCAGGACAAAGAGGAUGAGCGGGCGGACAGCAACGACCCAGAGGAGAUGUUCCAGAACAUUCAGUACCAGAAGGAGAUCAUCGCCAACAUCCGGACCAGACCCUGGCCAAUGAGACGCAAGCUCAAAGUCCUCAAGUAG